AUGGGAAGACUUUUAAAUUUAUCUUUGGUAAAAAAUCCGCAAAAGUCAUUGUCAUAUUCUAUUCGAUUACAAUCAUCGCUUACUGAUGCGUCGAGGCAACUAGUAAAAAUGACAAAAAAAACAAACAAAUUUAUAAAUAGCGCAGAGAAUGCUGUGGAUGAUGGGAUUAAAGGCUUAGUUCUUUCGCAUGAUAAUUUGGCAACGUUAGAUUCGUGUCAUCGUGUAGUACUGCGAGCUGAUGUCGAGCAGUUGAAAGGAGGGAAGCAGGUUACGUUGCUUGCUGGUGGAGGCUCAGGGCAUGAACCAUUUGCUGCUGGUUUUGUCGGGAAAGGAUUACUAUCAGCUGCGAUUUGCGGGAAUGUUUUCGCAUCACCACCAACAUCACAUAUCACGGCUGGCUUAAAUGCCAUUCGGAACAGAUGUAAUGUUUCUCCAGAAUACACUGUUAAACCGUUUUUUGUUCCAGCUGGUAUAGGAGUGUUUGUUAUUAAUUAUACCGGAGAUCGACUCAAUUUUGGUUUGGCUGUAGAACGGUUUAAUACUUGCCGAGGAAACGAGGAUGGUGCAGCUGAAAUGGUGUUGAUUGGUGACGAUAUAGCUUUGGAGAACAAUCUUGCUGGUAGUGAUAUUGGACGUCGUGGCUUGGCAGGAGCUGUGCUGCUUCUUAAGAUUGCUGGUGCAUUAGCGGAAGAGGGCACGAUUGGCGUGAGUCUUUCAGCGUGCAGUUUACCAGGGAGAGGCCCAAUGUUUGAGUUGGAAAAUGAUCGGAUGGAAUUUGGUCUUGGCAUACAUGGUGAACCAGGUUGUGAGCGGAGUCAGUACAGAACAGCGAAAGAAGUAGCGAAGUUGUUGUUGGAAAAACUUGAAAAGAGUCAAAAAUUGAGUCUUAGGAAAGGGGAGAAAUUGGUUGUUCUAUUGAACAAUUUAGGUGGUACAUCCCAAUUAGAACUGAAUAUUCUCGCAGGAGAAAUUUGUUCAUGGCUUUAUGAAAAUGGUUAUGAAAUUGAACGGUUUUACGUAGAGACUGUGAUGACAUCAUUAGAUGGUCAUGGCAUUAGUGUCACCAUUGUGCGGCUGGUUUCGGAUGAUUGGUUACGCCUUUUGGAUGCUGCAACAGAAGCACCUUCAUGGAAAAUGAAAUACUUCCUACCAAAACCUUCAUCGAGUAUCACCAAAAUCAAAUCUACAGAAAGCAGAAAGGAUAGUGGACAACAUUCUGGGGCGACUCUUUCUCAAGAAAAUGCGAAACGUGUAGAAGCAGCUGUAAAAAAAGCUUGCCUAGCUAUUCAAGAAGCUGUAGAUAAGCUUAAUGACUUAGAUGGUAGCGCAGGAGAUGGUGAUUGUGGAAGCACUCUAAAAAUCGGUGCAGAUAAAGUUUUGAAGUGUCUAAAUGAAGGCAGACUUUUAUGUGACAAACCGCAAGCUUUACUUACCGAAAUUUCACAGAUAUUUGAAGAUGAUGUAGGUGGUACAGCGGGAGCCCUCUAUGCGCUUAUGUUCAGUUCCGCUGCUCAAUCCUUUAGCAGGUAUGCAACUACGAAAGAAUGGUACUUAGCACUGAGGAAUGGCCUCGAAACUAUCAUGAAAUAUGGACAAGCAAAGCCAGGUCACAGAUCGAUGGUAGAUCCUUUAAAUGCUGCUGUAACAUCGAUAUCUAGUGAUACUCCAGAAAGAGCUGAUUGGGAAAAUGCUGUCAAGGAAGCAGAAGAGAGUGCGAAGGCAACCAGUAUCAUGCGUGCACAAGUUGGUCGCGCAAGUUAUACUUCUGCAUCGGUGCAGAAAGAACCCGAUGCAGGUGCUAUUGCUGUGUCCAUAUGGUUAAAAGCAAUUUAUGAAGCUGUUUACUCAUAA